AUGAGCCCGACUCUCAACAAUAUCGUCUCUUCCCUGCAGAGAAGUGGAACAUUUAUCAAUUCUUUAAUCGCUGCUUCGACCAUUGGUGGGCAACAGCUUUUCUCUUCUCUCACAUUCAGAUGUCCCUGCCAGGUUGGAAAAAAUUUCUCCUACGGUUCUGCUUUUCUAGUCAUUCCAGCCUUCCUCCUUCUGGUUGCCGGCUAUGCUCUGAGAAGCCAGCUGUGGACCAUGGCCAGCGAGUACUGGUGCAGCUGCACCCCUCCGCAGCGGAGAAUCAGCCCCCUGGAGUGCAAGCUGGCUUGUCUUCGGGUCUUUAGCAUCACCGGGAGGGCGCUCGUUGCCCCCUUGACGUGGCUGGCCGUGACCCUCCUGACAGGCACCUACUAUGAAUGCGCGGCAAGCGAAUUCGCCUCUGUGGACCAUUACCCAGUGUUUGACAAUGUCAGUGCCAGCAAACGGAAGGAGAUCCUAGCUGGGUUUCCAUGUGGCCGAUCGGCUCCCUCCGACAUGAUCCCUGUAAGGGAUGAAGUAUCUCUUCUGCACAGGUACCAGUCGCAAAUGCUGGGCUGGAUUUUGAUCACCUUGGCCACCAUCGCUGGGCUCGUCUCCCGCUGCCUGGCGAGGUGCUGCUCUCCCCUCACCUCUCUGCAGCACUGCUACUGGACCAGCCACCUCCACAACGAGAGGGAGCUCUUCGAACGCGCUGCGGAGCAGCACUCCCGGCUCCUCGUCUUGCAGCGCAUAAAGAAGCUCUUCGGCUUCGUUCCUGGAGAGGAAGAUGUCAGACACAUCCGUAUUCCUUCGUGCCAGGACUGGAGAGAUAUUGCAGCGCCCAACCUUCUCUGCAUGGGUGAUGACUUGCAAGGUCACUAUAGCUUCCUGAGGGACAGGGUGGAUGAGGAGAAUGAGGAAGGCAAACCCGAAGGUAUUGAAUUAAAACCUUGAGUAGAGCACCUCUCCCCAUUCAGGGGCCUUAACAGAUACUUUGUUUUUAUGAUGAUGGCGUUUCAAUGUAAUCUCUUCAUCUUUUUCUGUCUCUUCUGAUAGUUGUUUAAAUAAGUCCAUGCAAGAUGCUAUUUCCAAGAGCGGCUUAUCUGAUCAUUGUGCCAAUCUCUGUUUUUGAAAUGCCCUUGGUGGUCUGGUAAUGCCUGUGUUGGUUUGAUUAAAACAAAAUGGAUUUUGAAGUCGUAUCAGAAUUGGAAUCUUGGUUCUGUUACUCAGUUAUCUGUGUAAGAACUAAUAUUUUUGAGUGCCAUCUUGUUAUUUGCACGUAAUGACUACUUCA